AGCACUGGAUACGUGGAUCAAAUGUAACACUCAAAUGUUUGGCAUUAGAAGCUCCGAUGAAUAUGGAAAGAGAACUUGUUAUAGAAACAAUAUUAGAAGGAAUUGAUUACAAGGUUAAAGAAGAGGAGGUGUCAGUUUAUAAGAAAAUGCUUGAUAUCUUCAAUCACGGAAAUCCUUCAAUUACCAAAAUUCGUGGUUUUCGUAUUACACGAUUCGAUGGUACAAAUUGCGAUGUUGUAAUCAGAACAUGCAAUCCGAGUGUUAUGCGGUACAGCCUAAAUAUGUUUAUUUUCUAGUUUUGUUCUGUUUUGAUACACUCUCAUUAAUUGUAUUUUUUAUGAACACAUAUAUAUGCACAUAUUUGUUGCUUCUAAUUGUUUUGUUAAUUGGAAAAACUGGAAAAUGGAAUAAAUAUUGGAAUAAAAACGUGAAAUAAGAAACCACAAUUCAAAAAUGACGUAGUGGAUGUGGAGAUAAACCUUUAAGAAUAAAUCAAUUUAUUAUUUUUUCACAUCGACUCGGAGGAUGUCGUCGUUGAAUGAGGAUGUUGACGAGAGUAAUCAUAUUUUUUAUGAUCCGGUCACACUCUUGAGACCGGUUUCACGAGCGAUUAGCAUGAAUUUGGAUCAACUUAACUUCGUCACUGUUCUUCUUCUAUCAUUCGGUUUGGGCUACUGGUUCCGUGUACAAUUUUGUGAUGCAAGUCGGACAACUCGUGCAGCAGUCACUACAUCAGUUGGGCUAAUUUUCACCUAUUUUUGCUAUGGAAAUGCCAUAGCUCAUUUAUUCAUCAACGGGUUUGGAAGUUACCUUCUCAUGGUUUCAGUUCCACCACAACACGUUCAUAAAUCAGUGUUUGCUUUUGCAAUGGGGUAUCUCGUCUUGAUCCACUCAUACCGUUGGAUGUACCAAAAGACAUAUUGCCUAGAUGUCACUGGAAGCAUGAUGGUUGCCGUUGGAAAGAUCACUCUGCUGGCGUCAGCAAUCACUGAUGGAAUGGGAAGAGACCCAAAGGCAUUGAAUUCAGGUCAAAAGCGGGAUGCUGUUAAGGAGGUUCCGAGCCUUCUGGAUUUCGCGUCGUACAUGUUCAAUUUUCAGACCGUAAUCGUUGGACCAAUGAAUCACUACUCCACGUGGUCAGCAUUCCUUGAACUGAAGCAUGUUCCGAAGAAUGAGAAAACCGGAAAACCCUACGAUCCAACUUCCACAGCAAUGAAAAAGUUUGAAGCUGCAAUUGCAUUCUCCGUAGUCUACACAAUUCUUGGAUCAUAUCUUCCAAUGUCUCUGACCAAUGAUCCAUCGAUCAACGAGUAUAACCUUCUGAUUUGGUGGUUGAUUACUGUAGCUGCUUCGACAGUUCACAGACUCCCUUACUACUUCGCCUGGACAAUUUCUGACUCAAUUUGCAAUAUCUCUGGAUUCGGUUAUGAUGGCCUGGCAGAUGAAACACUUGAGCCAAAAUGGUCGAGGACUACAAAUGUGAAGCCGUUACUAGUAGAAUUCGGUCAAAACUACAAAGAAAUGGUAGACAACUGGAAUAUUUGGACUGUUGCCUGGCUCCGGCGAGUUGUCUACGAGAGGGUUGAAGGCCCAUACCGUACCCUUGCAGUUUACGUGACGGGCGCUGCGUGGCACGGGCUGGCCGUUGGAUAUUAUUUCUCAUUUUUGACAAGUGCUCUUUUCACUUUGUCGGCGGCUACGUUCCGUCGUUGCAUGCGUCACCGUUUCUUGGGCAACUCAAUGCACAAACUGAUGUAUGAUAUUUUCGGAAUGCUUGUGUCGAAAUUCGCCAUCGGAUAUAUUCAUUGGCCAUUCUACGUCAUGCAUUUCUGGCCCAGUCUAUUUAUGUAUCGAAAAUUGCUUAUGAUUCCUCACUUUAUUGCAUUAUUCAUCUAUCUUUACCUUCCACAAAUCUUCUCACCACAACCGAAAAGCAAGAUAACUGGACCGAAUGCUUCUGCUACAUCUGUAAAUACUGAUAGAAUAUCCGAAAUCUCUCAGCGAAGCUCUUCCCGUACAUCUGCAAUUGAUGUGUCAACUCGUACUGCUCUCGAAAAAUGACCUUUUUUUAUUAUAAAAAGUAGAAAUGAAUAAAAUUUGGAUUUUUG